CCCGGAUGGUUCAUCCCUAGGUUCGAGUUGAUCGUCGAUGAGUGGCGUUGCCUGGGAAGUGGCGGGUUUGGGAGCGUGUUCCGAGCCAAGUGGCUUGACUCCGAGGUGGUGGCAAAGCUCCUUGGCUCCCAAUCUUUAAUAGAGUCUGCUGACCGAGAGGAAGCAAUAGCCACAUUUCGGCAUGAAGUUGAGAUUUGGUUUGGAUUCAACCAUCCUCAUAUCAUUCGGCUCUUCGGCGCCUGCCACGUUAGCACGCCAUUCUUCGUGUGCGAGUACGCCACCAACGGCACCCUCGUCAGCUACUUGAAAAAGCACCCGGAUGAAUUGUGGACGAAGCUGCACGAGGCCGCGUUGGGUGUUCAGUAUCUCCACGCUAGAGGGGUUGUACACGGUGAUCUGAAGGGCAACAACAUCGUGAUCGGGAGCGAUAUGAAGGCGAAGGUGACGGAUUUUGGCUUGAGUUCUAUUGCGAGCAAGGAGGAUAUGCCACAGAUUUCAGGCGCGUGGCAUUGGGUGGCGCCAGAAUGUCUACCGGAGACCAACGACGCAGCACAUAACUCGGCAAGCAAAAAGCCGACAUUUGCGUCAGACAUUUUCUCUCUUGGCAUGUGUAUUGUGGACGCACUGCGCCCUUGUCUGCCGUGGGGUAAACUCGACAACUUCCUCGUGCGGUACCAUGCAACGAAGAGCAAACUUCCUGCAACACCUGCGAGCUGCAGUGACGACGAGUGGGAAAUUGUAAAGCAGAUGUGUGCGUUCGAUCCGGAGAAACGAAUCAAGAUCUCGACUGUCGUUGACAAAUUG